AUGUCCGAGAAGUGGAAUGUGGUGGCUGUGGGACUUGGAACACCCGAUUUGCCGCCGUCGAGACGAAGUAAAGCUUACCACAGGCUUGGCAUUCGAGGGCAUACAAACGUGUGUCGAGCCGCCUCGCAGUUUUCCAUGGUGGCUGCAAGCAGAGCACGGCCUUCUGUGAAUGGAGCUCUGACGCGCUGGUCUGUGCUGCUGCUCCUGUCCGGCGCGAUCUGCUUUCUACCGUCCACACUUCGCCAGCCGCUGGUUCAGAGCCACCGAAGCCUCCGAGCUCGUGGUGUCCACAGGGACCGGCAGCCGAGGGAUGUUGGGAAGGUGUGUCUUGCGAGCCAGGGCUUCGAAUCGGAUUCCGGCCCAGCCAAAAGAGCUUCGAACUCCCAACCUCCCUUUGCCUGGCGAUUUUGCCUAAGCCUCGUCACGGGAGCGAUGGUGGGAUCUAUUCAGUAUCUUUACGUUGUUUCAAGACAUCUACAAGAUUGCGAGUGGACGCUGAAGACUGAUGGCCUGGCGCGAAGAGCAUUCCCUGGCUAUCUAUCCGGCACAUCGACAGGCUGGUUGAGCUGGGCUGUCUCGUCUGGUUGGACAUGGCUCUUUGCGGAUGUUGCGCACACAGCUGCGAAGCUUCAGGCCAUACUAAGAGCUACAUCUGGACUUCUCGUGGGACUGCUAGCAGUGCAGCUGGCAUGGAGUAGCUUUGACUGGCUUCGGGGCAAUGGCCCGGAUGAAAAGAUUGGUUGGCGAAUGUGGAGGACGAUCAUCAGUUGGGUAGUCACUGUGCAGGCCAGCAGCCUUUGCUGCAACCUUGCACUCAAGAAACUUUGUGUUCGAUCUUCAUGGACUGGACUGCCAUAUUAUGUCGAAGGACACGCACUCUGUUUCCUUUGCUCGAUCCUGGGCGGGCUGAUCGCAUCGACUGUCUUGUCGAUGAGCCUGCGGAACAUAUGA